CGGUGAAACUCUCAACGGGUGAGCACGUUGCAUCGUGUUAGUCCGGGGAAAAUUCGAGUAUUUCGCAAGAAAGAAAGGAUUUUCAGCCGUACUUUGACGAUUCGACGCAGCCACACAGCGAGAUUUUCGCUUGUAGUCAAGUGAAAAGAAAGUCCACUGGACUAUAAACGAAAAUUAACUGGCAAUAUAGCCUUAGUUGCUGUGCCAUCAAUUCGGCGUCAUCUCAAGUGAGGUGACGCCAACCAGAAAGGAAGAAGAAGAAGAAGAAUUUCUUUCGGUCUUGUAGCACUUGCAUAUUGGUUAUUAAAAUUGCAACGAUAAUGGUCGUGUUUAGGUUUAAACGUAGUAGUAAGCUAUAAUUUUAAUUAUAUGAUAACUGUAAAACAUAGUGAGUGAUGUUGCAAGUGAACCGACCACAUUAAAAUUGCUUUGUAACAGGGUACAGUACUUAGCUCUAAGACAUUCUAACAACUAAUCCGUCUGUAUUUCCACGCCCUUGAGCUAUUUUAUCAUGCUACUGUACCACAUCAAGGAAGUGUUGUUCAAAUUCUAUAGAGACGAUGUGGCUAGAAUAGUGGCAUUGGUGGUUUUAGCACUUUCCGUAUUUACUGGGUUUUAUGUUAGCACGAUAUUAGCGCUCUCCAUUCUGUUAUUUUUCAUCAAUGGUUGUGCAGCGGCAAUACUUACUCUUAUUCAUAAAGAAGCUGUUGGACGGUCUCUGCAGAAGGCUAAGGAUUUCUUCGGCUACAAAGAUUAUGAUGCCCGAAGGUCAUUGCAGUGUGACGUAUGUGGACAGGACAAGUGCCCUCGCCAUAAUCGCAGUGUGCUGAUUUACGAACCUUGGAAAGGGUUUGUCAUUGAUCCGUCGCUGGAUGAUGCGGUGGACAAGUUCUUCACUCAUAUCCUGGAAAGUUUUAUCUGCAAUUGGUACACGCAGAUAGCUCCCGAUGAAGAAUUUAUUCUUAGUAUUAAGACUAAUCUACGGGACGCCCUCUGCCGUCUGUUGAUCCGAACAAUGGAACUGGAUGCUCCGGCGGUAAUUAGUACUCGGUUACUGCCAACGUUCUUCAUUCAUUAUGAAAUCAUCGCCAAAAUGUUGUUGGUCGAUCGGGUACCGAUGGAUCGAUUAGCGAAAACAUUUCUGAUCGACGAGUACCCGAUCCAUCCGGCGGUUCUGAACCGACAGGCCGAACUGAACUAUCUGCGGGGUGUUGCCAAAGUGAUGAUUCCGAGACUGUUCACACAGGAUAACAUAAAUUGUAAAAUUUUCUUCAACUUGAUUCGAGAGCUGCUUACGUUUUGGGUGUUGCUUCCAUUGUUGGAUGUGAUUUCGGACCCGAACCUGAUCAAUUUGUUGAUCAUUGCUUCUACUGAGAAGAAACCGAAAGAGGCUCGCGUAUUGGCGAAAAAAUGUGAAAAAGUUGUAAUUUUGAAAAAUUUCGUUGAUCGAAGUCGUGAAAAAGUUGAAUGUGAUGUUGAGACGACCGCCGGGGAGGAGGAUAUUCUGAAGGAUCAGAAUAAACUGUAUUAUUUUAUGCAGUUUCUCAUCAAGGAGGGAUCGGUUGAGUGGUUAAGGUUCUAUCUGGAUGUUGAUAUCUUAAAUAAGGAGCUCGAAGACCCCCACAUCACAACGGACCCCACCAAGCUGUCCUCGCUUCAUCAGCAAUCGGAGAAGCUGUUGCAGAUGUACCAAAACAUGGUGAAAAACGAGAAGGGAAAAUUUACCGCCAGCACGCUAUCCGAAGCACACGAGCGGGCGAAGGAGAAGCUAGAGGAAAAGUGGCGCAAACAUUUCAGCAAAACUUCGGAAUAUUUUGAACUGGUUUACGGUAAUCGGGAAAUCAAGGAGAGUUCGGACAAGAAAUCGUCCGACAGUUCCGGUGGCACCGGAACAAAGUUGAGCUCUAAAUUCAAAGAAGUUAUCCGAGGUGCAGUGGACGGGGCUCCGAUUGAGGCCACCGAGGCACCCACCGUUUGGGAUGCACUGAAUGACGCACAAGCGAUACCCAGCAACAAUAUUUACAACUCAGUUACUCAGAAGCUACGCAAAGAGAAGGGUCAAAGUUUGGAUGCAUUUAUAGUAACCCUAAUGCAUUCCAUCGAGCAGAGUCCUGAUAUUGGUGAAGAUGUCAUUCAGAUCAAGGAUAAAGUCAAAAAGAAAUACAGAAUACCGGGACAAAGUUUAGUUUUCGGCGAUUUGUUUGAGAUGAAGAAAGGUUCGAAGAAUACUCAUACCACUACCCUUCUGUCUCACAGCGUCCGUGGUCCAUCGCAGUGCUUUAUUUACAUUUUGGUAAAAAUACUCAAUGCUCCCUACAUACUCGUUCGAUUGGCUUUGGCGUUUUGCUGCGUUUCACGCCGAACCGUUGAUACUCUUAUCCACACCGGCAUUGCUCGACUGUUGCGUUCUGGCCUAAGGCAGACUCGGCUGGCGGUCCUAAUCAAUCUACUGAGUGAGAUAAUUUUUGUAAAAAAAUUACCGGAACCGACACCGGCCGAGCUACUUCGACGGCAGCAGGAAGCUCGGAAGCGACUGGAUGAACUUCGACCCGGUCUGGGCAACGUGGUCGAUGUUCUGCAAUCCCCUGCGCUCAACAAACACCUGAUGUAUUGUUUGUUCGAUAUCAUUCUGGGUGAGAUGUAUCCGGAGUUUGAAAAUCCUGCCAUCUGGAAGGAGCCAAGCGUAAUAAAUUGAAAUGGUGGUAACGUUAA